ACAAGCGCCCCGUAGCGUUAGCUUGAUGUUCGUGUUGAGUGAGCUGGAGGAGACUGUAUUUUAGCCAUAGUGCAGCUAAUUCUUUCGGCUGUAUUUAAGCAACAAUGUCUUCAUUUGGGUAUUUGAGAGAGUUUGUCAACGAGCGGCUAACUGCUGCUGCUGAAGAAAUAUUCCGAGUUUUUGAAAAGACUGUCGCCGAGUACGAGGAGGAGAUCCACCGUCAGCGCAGACUGUUGGAUAUCGUUUGGAAACCCGACAUUAGGUUACACAGGAUAGAUGUCCAGCACCUGUUGGUGGUUAAAGAAGAAUUUCCCCCUGAGCACCAGGAGUGGAGUUCCAGUAAUGUAGAGAAAUCUCAGGUCUUACAGAUUGAUCAAGGACAAACUGAACAAAUUAAAACAGAAGCUGAUGGAGAGGACUGUGGAGGACCAGAACCAGCCAUGAACUCAAAUCCAGAUUCACAUUUACAACCAGAUGAUGACAAGUCUGAAGACUCUUCCGAAUCCAAGAAUGAUGACAGUGAUUUUUGGAAAGAGAGCAAUGGAUGUCUGUCAAGUUUAAACUCUCUGAAACAUGAUGAAGUCUCUCAGAGUGAUGAAGCAUUUAACAAAGAUCACCUGACAGUCCACAGAAGUCAUACAGGAGAGGAAUAUUUUACAGGAGGCGGUCUGAGCCCACACACAACGGUUCAUACAGGGCUACACAUGGGGGUAAAGCAGCAGGACCCAGAGCCACCACACAUUAAAGAGGAACAGGAGGAACUCCGUAUCAGUCAGGACAGAGAGCACCAUCAAGGGCUGGAGGAGGCUGAUAUCACCAAGUUCACAUUCACUCCUGUCCAUGUGAGGAGUGAAGAUGAUGAGGAGAGACCUCCGUUCUCACAGAUUAAUCAAAGACAAACUGAACAGAUGAAAACCGAAGCUGACGGGGAGGACUGUGAAGGACCAGAAGCAGCCAUGAAAUCAGAUCCAGAUACACAUUUACAACCAGAUACUGAUGACGAGACUGUAGACUCUUCUGAAACUGAUAACAGUGAGGAUUGGAAGGAGACCAGAGAACCUCAGUCAGGUUUAAACUCUAUAAAAAUCAGUGACUCGAGAUUUAGUGCUGGUGAGAAUUCAUUUAACUGCUCUGAGUGUGGGAAAAGAUUUGGCCGGAAGACAAAUCUGAAGAGACACAUGAUAAUUCAUACAGGAGAGAAACCAUUUAGCUGCUCCAUCUGUCAGAGAGAUUUUGUACAGCGUGGAAAUUUAAAGAUACACAUGAGAAUCCACACAGGAGAGAAACCAUUUAGCUGCUCAGUUUGUAAGGAAGCGUUUACAGAGAGUUGGAAGUUAAAGGCACACAUGAGAAUCCACACAGGAGAGAAACCAUGUACCUGCUCUGUCUGUAAGAAAGCUUUUACAAAGAGUGGAAAGUUAAAGGCACACAUGAGAAUCCACACAGGAGAGAAACCAUUUAGCUGCUCAAUUUGUAAGAAAGCUUUUACAGAGAGUUGGAAGUUAAAGGCACACAUGAGAAUCCACACAGGAGAGAAACCAUGUACCUGCUCUGUCUGUAAGAAAGAUUUUACAUGGAGUGGAAGUUUAAAGGCACACAUGAGAAUCCACACAGGAGAGAAACCAUUUAGCUGCUCAGUUUGUAAGAAAGCUUUUACAGGGAGUGGAAAUUUAAAGGUACACAUGAGAAUCCACACAGGAGAGAAACCAUUUAGCUGCUCAGUCUGUAAGAAAGAUUUUACGGACAGUGGAUCUUUAAAGAAACACAUGAGAAUCCACACAGGAGAGAAACCAUAUAGCUGCUCAAUCUGUAAGAAAGCUUUUACAGAGAGCGGAAGUUUAAAGGCACACAUGAAAAUCCACACAGGAGAGAAACCAUGUAUCUGCUCUGUCUGUAAGAAAGCUUUUAGAAUGAACACAGGUUUAAAGGAACACAUGAAAAUCCACACAGGAGAGAAACCAUUUAGCUGCUCAAUCUGUAAGAAAGAUUUUACAGAGAGUGGAACUUUAAAGAAACACAUGAGAAUCCACACAGGAAAGAAAUCAUUUAGCUGCUCAGUCUGUAAGAAAGCUUUUACAACGAGCGGAAGUUUAAAGAAACACAUGAGAAUCCACACAAGAGAGAAACCAUUUUGCUGCUCAGUGUGUAAGAAAACCUUUAAACAGAAAGGGGGUUUACAUAGACACAUGAUAACCCACACAGGAGGGGAACUAUCAAGCAGUGUGAAGUGAAGCUCCAGUCUACAAGGGCUUGAAACUCGUACAACCUCGCAGUACCCCAAGUUGAAAAAUCCAACACGGCUGCCCCCUGUAUCAACAGUUGAUAAAGCUGCAGUAAAUGUUAAAUGUGCAUGUUAAAGCCUCAUGAAGCUUUGUGAGCCCACUAGAUGUCGUUUUUUGUUUUAUAGAAAAAGCCUCACGGAAUGACAUUGUGGCAUACCUGCAAACUUGUGGCUUUUGCUGUGAAAUUCACUGUAUUGAAUCAAGAUAUGCCAUUAGCCUUAGCUAAUGUUAGUGGAUUGUGUAACGUAAUUGGCGUUGAAGUUUAGGAUAUGUAACAUUACAGUUCAGACUCAGAAUAAUUUCUCUCGGUUACAGCUACAUCCAUAAAAGGCAUAUUAGAGAAUAAAAUAUAUAAAUGUUUUUCGAUCGGGCAAAUCUGCUAAUGAUAGAUACUCUGCUGAACCAUUCUUAUUCUAUAUCCAUGUGCUGUUGAUUCACUUAAUAUCACCGCUACUAAACUAAAACUUUCCAGUGCCCUGACGGCUUGCUCUGCAGCCACUGACGAGCAAAGAAAGGAGGCUACCGAUGGCUGCACCUGAAGCUGGGUUCAACAUAGCCAAUGGCGCGAUGGCCCCGGGGCCAGCCAGACAGCAUGUCGGGCAAGUUGAUUGGCCAGUCACUGACCUGUUCUGGGACAAUGAUAUUGUUUGUUCCAAUCCAAGUCACGAGUCAGUUGUUUGUAAUUUGGUGCUAACGUUAGGUGCAACACUAUCUAACAUUGAUUAGAAAUGGAGUUUGCUAAUGUCGACAAACAACCGCGGCACCCGCUACAAAGAGUCCGCAUAUGAUUUGUACUUUCAGCAGCAGCUGCAGCAACUCAAGCCCUGCCAUACAGAAGCUGUUGUCCGCUAACUCCACUCUCCUCCUUCCCCGGGAGCUAGCUAGUAAUAUUAGCAUACGGCGCAGUGCCCUCCGCCCGGACAGGUGUUCUGCAUGUAUUAAAUGAAGCUAGUCCAGAGUUAACACAAUGAUUACUUUAAUCUCUCUCUCUCUGAAAUCAUACUGCAGAUGGAUAAAAAGAAACAACAAUAAAGUGCAGUAUUUUUGAGGAAAAAAAAAUACACCAGGGACAGCAGUCUGCAACAAGCGCAAACUGUUAGCAAGCGAGGAAAAAUAUU